GGAAGCGUUCAGGCGGCUAGCUGUGAUUAGCAUCCCGAGCCGAGCUGAGCCGAGCCGAUGUGUCCGGACGGCUGCACGCCCUGAACACACACACACUGACACACACACACACACACACACACACACACACACACACACACACACACACACACACACACACGCACGCACGCACACGCACGCUCGUGUCUCGGUGCAGCCGGUGUCGUGAGGACGGAGGACGGAGAGGACAUGGGGGACAAGGCGGGCACCAGAGUUUUCAAGAAGUCGAGCCCCAACUGUAAGGUGACGGUUUACCUGGGAAAGAGGGACUUUGUGGACCACCUGGACCACGUGGACCCCGUAGAUGGAGUGAUCCUCGUCGACCCCGAGUACCUGAAAGACAGGAAAGUCUUCGUCACGCUCACCUGUGCGUUCCGUUACGGCCGUGAGGACCUGGACGUCCUCGGCCUGUCCUUCAGGAAGGAUCUCUACAUAUCCACCUUCCAGGCCUUCCCUCCGGUGCCUGAGGAGAAGAAACCCAACAGCCGGCUCCAGGAGAGGCUGCUGAAGAAACUGGGCCAACAUGCUCACCCGUUCUACUUCACUAUUCCUCAGAACCUCCCGUGUUCAGUCACUUUACAGCCCGGCCCAGAGGACACUGGGAAGGCCUGUGGAGUCGACUUUGAGAUCAGAGCUUUCUGUGCCAAGUCAAUAGAAGAGAAGAUUCACAAGAGGAACUCGGUGCGUCUGGUGAUCAGGAAGGUUCAGUACGCUCCAGAGAAGCCCGGUCCUCAGCCGAUGGUGGAGACGACACGCAGCUUCCUGAUGUCUGACAGAUCCCUACACCUGGAGGCCUCUCUGGACAAGGAGCUGUACUACCACGGAGAGCCCAUCAGCGUCAACGUUCAUGUCACCAACAACUCCACCAAGACCGUCAAGAGAGUCAAGAUCUCCGUGCGUCAGUAUGCAGACAUCUGUCUGUUCAGUACUGCCCAGUAUAAAUGUCCAGUGGCCCAGCUGGAGGCAGAUGACCAGGUGUCGUCCAGCUCCACCUUCUGUAAGGUGUACACUCUGACCCCGACGCUCGACAAGAACCGGGAGAAGAGAGGACUCGCUCUGGACGGGAAGCUGAAGCACGAAGACACCAACCUGGCCUCCUCCACCAUUGUGAAGGACGUCACCAACAAGGAGGUUCUGGGGAUUCUGGUGUCCUACAGAGUCAAAGUGAAGCUGGUGGUCUCACGUGGAGGGCUGCUGAGAGGCAUGUUGGACAGAGACGUGGCGGUGGAGCUGCCCUUCAUCUUAAUGCACCCCAAACCAGUGGAGCCGCCGCUGUCCCGCCCACAGUCAGCUGUGCCAGAGAUGGACCCCCCCAUCGACACCAAUUUGAUAGAAUUUGACACAAACAGCGUCUCUCAGGACGACGACUUCGUCUUCGAGGACUUCGCCCGUCUGCGGCUCAAAGGCGCUGUGGACGACAAAGACGAGGACUGCUAGGAGCUCGCCGACGCUUCACAUGCUCGCUUCGAACCCACGCACACACACACACACACACACACACACACACACACACACACACACACACACACACACACACACACACUGUUCACGUUACAUUCCCCGGUGGAGGAGGGCGUGUUUGGACGGAGGCUUCGCGGGUGGGGGGGUGGUGUUCUUCCUCUCUUGCUUCAUUUCAUCUUCCCGCCGCCGUUUGUUUCGUCUCCGUCUCUGUUUCUGUUUUGUUUUGCUGAAGUGUGAAAACUAUAAGUGUUGAGCAGCUGCAGGACAGAUGUUGUGUCGGAGCGGGAACGUGAAGGAAUGUUGGACCAGCUGACAUAUGAUUUUAAAAAAAAACACAAAAAAAAGAUGUGUAGGAAGCUGCAGCAGUAGCUCGUGCUCUUAUUUUAUCUUUUUUGUUUUUGAAUUGCGCGGCGAUUGUACAAACAGAAUAUAUAUUUGAAACAUAGAAAAAAAAUAAUCUUCUACGAGCUGUUUGAGGUCUGUGUCGUUUUCUUCAAGUAAAUACUGUCAACGCUUCUUAACACGGCUGAAGGGGAGGACACACACACACACACACACACACACACACACACACACACACACACACACACACAUACACACACACACACACACACACACACACACACACACACACACACACACACACACACACACACACACACACACACACACACACACACACACACACACACACACACACACACACACACACACACACACACACACACACACACACACACACAUAUAAACACACACACACACACACACACACACACACACACACACACAGACUUCACCAGCAUCCUCUCUCAACACUCUGAACCCUGUCGUCCAUUUUGUAAAAAAUGUUUGUUCCUUUUUUGUUUUAUUUUGAAAAAGAACCAUUCCAGCGUUGAUGGAGUUUCCUUCCUGUUUCAGACUCUGUUGGUCUUUCUGGAGUUCAAACAUUGUUUAAGGUUCUAAUCAGGUUUCUUCUGUUUUCUGUUCUGUGGAGGACCUUUGGGUUCCUCACAUUUACUUUCUCACGUUUUUCGAUACACAGAUGUCACCGUACUCUUCUUCUUCUUCUUUUAUAUUAAAACGACACUUUUGGUUUGGUUGGUUUCUUUUUUUACACAGUUUCAUAUUUUCACACCGUCGACAGGAAGUAGACGUCUAAAAGUUCAACGAGCAGAAACUCUGUCGACGCUGGAAUCGUUUUAGAACCAUUAUAAGUAAAAAAUAAUAAUUACAGAGAAAAAACUUUAAUAUCUGCUGAGAUUUAAGUCACAAAUUUACGCAAAUAAAACUCACUUUGAGAUCAAAACACGUCACUCACUUUAGUAUUUAUUGUUUUAAUAAAGGGACACAGGAAGUACAUGAAAGAAAACGUGUUUAUGAAUAAAAUACUUUGAUUCUUUAGUAGCAAUGAAAUUCAGACGCAAGCGUUUCCACGUUUUUAUCUCAAAAUGUUUUCAUUUUACUCGUAAAUUUACGACUUUAAUCAGAUAUAUAAAGUUAUUUUCUCUGAAUUUAUUCCUCCAUUGUUUUAAUUUUUUCCUUUCAUGGUCCAAAGGUUCCGUCGUAGGUAUUCGACCUCCAUCAGGUGUAGACUGAUCCGGUUCCUGAGGUUCUGGUUCCGUUUACACUUGACGUCAGUUUUUAGUGAUGAAGAGCUUAAAAACUGACGCUGAACUCGCAACUUCCUCUUUCUACGCUUUUAUUAAAAACAGAAUCCGACCAAUCGCAGCGAGGCGUUAAAGGGGAAUCCUGCUGUUUGUAGUUGAUCAUCAGACCUGUUUGUUUCUGCGUCUUGUGUUUGGUGUCGACUGUAACCUGCUUCGUGCCUUCAUCACCGCUCUGCUGCCGACGAGACGGAACAUCUUUCUUGUUUUUCAGUUUUUUGUGACUAAAAAACAGAAUUUGCAGCGUUUUCAAUGUUUUUAUUUUUGGAGGAAAUUGCAAAAAUAAAAAGGACUGCCAAUUAUCACAAAAUUAAACUUAUUGUAAUUAUAUAAAAGUGUUUUUUAAAAUUUUCAUGAAGUCAUGUUACUAAAUUCUUCAAAGUUCCAAAGAGUUCAAUUUCAAAUGAAUCUUUAUUAAAUAAAAACAUCUACGAUCUGAUUUAUAAAAGCUUAAUUUAAGUGUCAGAUUAACUUUGUUAUAAUUACAAACAACAAAAGUAAUGAUUAAUAAAUCUCUCAUUAAAAGGAAACGACUUUAAGCAGAUUUUAGAUUCAGUUUAUUGAACUUGAUUCUUGGAAAAGUCUUUAUUUCUUGUAAUAUAUAUGACGUUUUGUCUCAGAAACAGAUGUUAUUCUUGUCUCAACUUAUUCUUAUUUAUUUUUCGUAAAAUUACAGCUUUAAUUUAGUAGAUAAACUUUUUCUCUUGUAAAAUUACAACUUUAUCCCACGAAAAGUCCCAUAAAACUGCUUUAUUUCUUAAAUGUUGCAACUUCAAAAAAAUUGAAAAAAUCUGAAUAUUAACUUGCUUUUCACAAAACAUUCUGAGAAUACAUUGUUACUUGUUCUUGUUCAAAUAGAAGUUUAGAGUGUGACGUUAUAGUACUAGUACCUGAAUCUACCUGCCAUGUGAGAAAAGUAUCAGAAACUUUAAAUUGGCCAAAAUUAUUAAAGUGCCACGAAAACUUCACAGCCAAUAAAAACAGAGAUUUAAAUAAACAAACAGCAGCGUUUCCCUUCAGCUCCCCCCCCUCCUCCAUCAGCUCAUGUUUUGUUUCCCUCGUUCAGACAGAUGUGAAGGACUUUUCUUCCUCUACCAGAUCUUUUCUCUGUGUUUGUUCUUUAAAAAACAGAUGAAAUUAGUUCAGAUCAUAUUUUCCUGUCAAUAGAAAGCCAACCUGCACAGAUCAACCUUUCAGAAACACGAGCGCUUUGAUGACAAAACAAACCCACAGAACUUAUUUCAGGGAGCAAAGAAAGACGCCUGGCCACUUAAAACAAAUAGUUUGUGUUUUUCGAGGCUCCACACAAACUUUAUUCUUUUUUUUCCUUUUAAAAACUGCCAAAACCCCCCCCUCCCCCUUCAGUCAGUCAUGAGAGCUGCGACCCAGAAGCAGCAGCAGCGACCCGGAGCAUGUCUUUAGUUUCACUUUGUUUCCGAGCAGUGCUGUGAUUGUCUUACGUUGUCUGCAUAUGUGGGGGAACUUUUGCUAAGUGUGAAAAUAUUUUGACAAGUGCCACGCCCCGGCCUGUGCGAUGCUUACCAUAAUGUCUAUAAAAAACAGGAAGUCAUUUCUGCUGGUGGGACGAAGAAACCACCAGAAAAAGAUAGAAUUAUGAUUAUUAUGCUUCUGAUUAUUAUGGUGACUAUUAUUAUUAUUAUUACUUCUACUGUAUCAUCGCGACCAUGAUUAUUCUCAUAAUCAUUUAAGAGUCUAUUGUUUUGCCAUGUAUUUUUUAUUUUGAGAUUUUUAUUUUAGUUUUCUUUUUAUUAUUAAAGGUAAAAUGAACUAACA